GGUUCGCUCCAUAACUAGCAGCGAGCCUCCCGAUUUUGUUGCCCCGCCUCCGCGCGCUCCAUUUGCGCCAUUACGUCGUCGCCACCGCCGCCGCCGCUGCUGUUGUGUCGCUCGGAGGAGCAGCUGCAGUGAGACCGAGCGAGGUUGACAAAACCGAGCAAGCCCACGAAGUCAGAAACGCAAUAUUUUGUGGUUAAAUCGAGAAAUUGACUUUGAAUAUCAUCGGUGUAUUUUAUUUCCUUAUUAUUUUUAAAAAUAUUUUCACUCACGUUUGACGUUCUCAGUCUGCAAUGACUGAUACAACUGGCCGCGUUUAGCCAAUGCUUACUGCGGGGGAUCUCGUUUUGUGGAUUAUCAUCUGUGGCUGCCGAGGCAGUGGUGGCAUGGUCGCGGCCGGAGGAGGCCCCUCUUUGCCGGAUGGAUGCGCGUGAGGCAGCGGCGGACUGCGACCACUCGUGAAGACCGACCGUCCGUAGUAAUGAUGCCCGGGUCUCGUCGGCAGCCGCGGGCGAACUCCUCUUGAAUGUUCGGGCUUCGUCGCCCUACCAACAAAGACCAUUUCCUCACACGGCGAACAUUUUAUUCCUUGAAAACUGGACGCCCCCGGAGCAGUUUAUGACGAUCCUGGUAGGAGCGUGAUGAGCGCGCGCUUCCGCUUGCCUGCUGGCAGAUCCUACAAUGUCCGGGCGACGGAGCUGGAGCGAGACAGGCACCACACACAAGUUGUGUGCAACGUACUGCUGCUGGACAACACUGUCCAGGCUUUUAAAGUCAGCAAGUCCGAUCAUGGGCAGGUCUUGCAGGACGUGGUUUUCAAGCACCUGGAGCUGACCGAAAGAGACUACUUUGGCCUGCACUUGGCAGAUGACUCCUCUGAUGUUCCGCGCUGGCUGGAUCCCAACAAGCCCAUCAGGAAGCAGUUAAAAAGAGGUUCCCCCCACAACUUGAGCUUCAGAGUCAAAUUUUUUGUGACCGAUCCCAGUAAACUUCAGGAGGAAUACACACGGUACCAAUAUUUUCUUCAGAUCAAACAGGACAUAUUAACUGGAAGAUUGCCCUGUCCUCACAACACAGCUGCACUCCUGACUUCCUAUGCUGUUCAAUCUGAACUGGGGGACUACAAUGAGACUGAGCAUCCUCUGGGCUAUCUGUCUGAGUAUUGCUUCAUCCCCAACCCACCUCAAGAUUUCCAUAAAGAGGUCGCCAAACAUCACCAGCAGCACAGUGGUCUAUCUCCUGCCCAGUCGGAGUUUAAUUAUCUGAACACAGCACGCACGCUAGAGCUCUACGGAGUAGAGCUGCACUAUGCAAAAGAUCAGAGUAACACAGAGAUACUCAUUGGGGUGAUGUCUGCCGGUGUUGUCAUUUAUAAGAACAGGAUACGGAUCAACUAUUUCCCAUGGUUGAAAAUUGUGAAAAUAUCCUUCAAGUGCAAACAGUUCUUCAUCCAGUUGAGAAGAGAGGCGACCGAGACCCGAGAGACUCUACUUGGUUUCAACAUGGUAAACUACCGGGCCUGUAAGAACCUGUGGAAGGCCUGUGUGGAGCACCACACCUUUUUCCGGCUGGAACGACCCAUCCCGCCACAAAAGAACUUCUUCUCCCAUUAUUUCACCCUGGGCUCAAAGUUUCGAUACUGUGGGAGAACAGAGGUACAGUCUGUACAGUACGGAAAAGAGAGAGGCAUCAAGGACAGAGUGUUUGCCAGAUCUCCCAGCAAGCCUCUGGUCAGGAAGUUGUUGGGAGGAACUGACUGGGAGACGGUGAGCAGGAACAGCCUAUCAGAUGAAAGACUGGAGACACAGAGCCUGCCGACCCGCUCGCCGCCUGGGACGCCCAAUCAAAAUUCACUGUUUACACAAGAGGGUACACGGCUACGCCCGUCAUCUGUCGGCCACCUGGUUGAUCAUGUGAUACACACGUCGCCUAGCCUGCCCGUCUUCUCCUCCAAUCACAAGUCGGCCUCCUCCACGCAGGCCAACAGUAUCAGCUUGGACUCCACCCCUUCUCCUGACGGGAUGGAGGGCCAACCUCCGGCUCUGCCCCCCAAGCAGCUGAGCAGGAAAACCUUGAGCCAGAUCAUCCAGGCCCACUCACAGCAGAGCCUCCUGGACAACCACUUCAACGAGAUGUACGAUGUUCCUACCAACACUGACAAGACCACGCUAAACGGAGUUGUCCCUCAUGAUAAUCUGGUCUUGAUCAAGAUGAGACCUGAUGAACAUGGACGUUUUGGGUUCAACGUUAAGGGUGGAGCUGACCAAAAGAUGCCAAUCAUAGUGUCCAGAGUUGCUCCUGGAACACCAGCUGACCUGUGCGUGCCCCGUCUGAAUGAGGGCGACCAGGUUGUCUUAAUUAAUGGGCGGGACAUCUCGGACCACACCCACGACCAGGUUGUCAUGUUUAUCAAGGCUAGCUGUGAGAGCCACUCUGGAGAGCUCAUCCUAUUGGUCAGGCCAAAUGCCAUCUAUGACGUGGUGGAGGAGAAGGUGGACUCUGAACCAGAUUUUCAGUACAUCCCAGAGAAGUCCCCUCAGGACCCCACCCAGCUAGACCAGCAUGCUUUGAGGGACUCUAUGGUUGCCCUGAAGGACGGUCUGAGCAGCGGGGCCAUACUGGCCCAGUUUGACCAACUGUACAGGAAGAGGCCAGGGAUGACCAUGCUGUGUGCCAAAUUACCUCAGAACGUUUCCAAAAAUCGCUACAGAGACAUCUCUCCCUAUGAUGCUACCCGGGUCAUUCUGAAAAGCACAGAUGACUACAUCAAUGCAAAUUACAUCAAUAUGGAGAUUCCUGCCUCCAGUCUCAUAAACCGCUACAUAGCUUGCCAGGGUCCUUUGCCCAACACCUGCCCAGACUUCUGGCAAAUGACUUGGGAGCAAGGUUCGUCUAUGGUGGUCAUGCUCACAACGCAAGUCGAGAGGGGACGGGUGAAGUGCCACCAGUACUGGCCCAAUCCAGACAACAGCGCUCCCUAUGGAGACUUCACUGUUACCUGCCACAACGAGGAGGGCAAUUCAGCCUUCCUGGUCCGGGAAAUGACGCUCAUGCACUUAGAGAGUGAGCAGCAGAGAGAUCUGACCCAGAUCCAGUACAUGGCAUGGCCUGACCACGGUGUCCCUGACGACUCCACUGACUUCUUGGACUUUGUGGCUUUGGUUCGGAGUAAAAGGACCGAGCAGGACCAGCCAAUGGUGGUACACUGCAGUGCUGGGAUUGGUCGGACAGGUGUUCUGAUCACCAUGGAAACAGCGUUGUGUCUCAUGGAGUGCGGCCAGCCAGUGUACCCUCUGGAAAUCGUCCGGACCAUGAGAGACCAGAGAGCCAUGAUGAUCCAGACACCCAGUCAGUAUCGGUUUGUGUGUGAGGCCAUCCUGAAAGUCUACGAGGAGGGCCUGGUUCGCCCGCUGACGCCUGCCGUCUACCAUCUCCGAGAGAAGGCGGACAGUGACCGGGAUGAGGAGGAGAACAUAGAGGAGAGAGAUGAAAAAGCCGAGGUAGGGGAGGAGGAGGCGGCUGUGGUGGAGCUGCUGGAAGGAGAUCUGGAUGACGAGGAUGACGAUGACGAAGAGGUGGAGGUGCUCGACGUGGGGGAUGUGACGGAGGAUGAAGUGGAGGAACCCAGCGUCGCCAGCGCCACCAGCGAGACCAGCGUGAACCCUGAACCCGAUCCUGAAGACCCGUAACACUUUUUAAGGGGAAGCAGGAACAGGAGGAGAGAACAAACGCACUGUUGCACUUUAUGAUAACAAAAAUGGAAAGAACAAAUAGACAACAGACAAAAAAACCCAUAGACAGGUUCCAAUUAAAGAAGCAAUCCCACCGUGUUGAUUCAGUACCAUUAGAUGCUGUUAUGUGUUCAGGGGACACACAAUGGAUAUUGAGUUGCUUUUGUGCCAUAAGUACCAAGGGGCUGGGGCUGUCCCAUGGAUGGUAAGCUUCCCACCUCCCCCCAUUUCUCGUCACCCUUGUGGGCGAGUCUGCCAGACAGACCUGCCUUUUUUCUUUCUUUUUUUAAAUGUCCUUUUAGCUGAUACAGAGACAAACCUUUAUCUUUUGUCCCUCCCGAAAGAGUAUUUAUUGUUUUAGUUUGUGUCAAACCCUCUCCACUGAACAAAAUGAGUUGUAUGUUUGUACCAGUCUAGAACGUCAUGCUUUACCAGUCCACUUUUAAGUAGUAAAGUAGUCUCGAGUACUCUUAACUGCUUCGUUAAUUCUUUUGCUUUGUGAGGAUGGAAAAAAGACGCAAUUUAAUUUAUUGUUUUGAUCUUUCUCGGCUUUCUCGCUUCAGACUGACAGAUGGACAUUUAGUCAAAUUUAGCGUGGUGACUUUGGUUCAUUGCUUUUCUUUUUUUCUUUUUUCAGCUGGCAGACAUAUGGUGUAGUGAAGAACAAAACAGGUUUACAAUUUUCACGGCGUGUUAAGUGGGCACCCCUUUUUUCAAAUUUGUGUGCAUGAAUCACUUGAAAUCAAUGCACAUUAAAUGGGCCCUCACACCCCUUUUUUCACUGCUCAAAUGAUCUUUAAACUUUGAUGACAUAAGCCACCCUCAUUGAUUGCCAUAGGAUUUUUUUUUCAUAGGCAUAGGAAUUUUUUUUUGGGUGUAGUAGUACUGUAGGGGCUCAUUUGGUCAAAUUCCCUAGUAGGAGUCCGAGGCAUGGAGUUCGCCCAAAAUGGCUGCUUUAAACGCAAAUGGCUGACUUCCUGUUCAAUUUUGGGUCCUUGAGAUGUUUUUGUGCACCCUGUCAUGAUGGACGGGCCCUUUGAGUUUUUUAUGGGGUGGAGGGUUUCACCCUAAAAUACGUGGAUAUUUCCCAGGAAACGCACACAAACAGAGCAAGUCCCCUCGUUCCCACUUAGUGGAACCAUUUGGUGAGUCCAUACAGAUAUGAAGCCUGAAAAUU